GCUCUGGAUAAGAGCGUCUGCUAAAUGACUUAAAUGUAAUGUAAAAUGUGUGUGUGUGUGUGUGUGCGUGUGUGUGUGAGCGUGUGUGUGUUUGGGUUUUACUAUCCCUGUGGGGACCAGAAGUCCGGUCCCCAAAAGGAUACAGGCUUUUAGGCUUAGGUUUAGGGUUAGGGUUACAAUUAGGGUCAGGGCUUAGGUUUAGGGUUAGGGUUACAAUUAGGGUCAGGGCUUAGGGUUUUUGGUGUGUGUGUGGAGGGGUUAACUGAGGAGGAGGACAAACUACUGCAAUUUAUACAAACAACAUAAACUUAGCAAGACUUGGCAUUUGUCCUGUUCUGGUUCCUUAGAUGUACUAUUUGAAACAGAAUGUGAUUGGUCAGGCUGUGGCCACUGCACAACGUUCUCUCUCAAUAAACUUCUCCCUGUUACUACGACACAUUCAUCAGAUCAAGGGCUAUUUGCAUGUGGACAUAGAAUUAACCUUUUAAAGCGCUUUUUACAUUCUGUAGUAUCUUUUUGAAAAGGUAUAGAAACAUGCUACAUUCAUAGACAGCUCUAUUUGCCUCUCAUUUUGAAUAACGACUCCAGAAAACGGACAUUGAAAUAGUCAUGGUUUUCAUUAUUUCUCAUCCUGCAUUAGUACCCUGUAGUUUAUCUAGUGAACUCUAAUGUAGACAUCAGAAAAAUAACACAUUUGGACUAGGAACACAAUGUACCUUUUAAUGGUUCAUUGUACAUUGGCUACCCAUAAUAGUCAUACCCACAAUAGUAUACAAUGCAUUAUUCACUUUACAUUACGUAUCAAUAUCCAGUAUACAUUUAUGUCUGGCUAAUAUGUAGUAAGCUUGUUAAAGUAUGUGAAUAGGUUGCUGUAGGGGUUUAGUCCUGGAUCACAAUGCAUGUUACUGGAACUUGUUACCUCUAAAUUGUUACCUCUGAAUAUAUGGCUCUGGAGGAGUGCUGAAAUAGUAGGACUACAUUCCUCUCUAUCUCCCUCCCUCUAACUAACCCCACCUCCUGGCAGAAUCAGGAAGUACCUCCCCUUCCCACAAACUCUAUUCUGAGAAAACGAAACUUAUCUGAGUCGCGGUGUUUUGUCUGUGUGAAAGUGAACAACAGUCCAAAUGGCUCAGCAGGCAGUUCUGCUGGACCAGGACCAGUUCUGUUGUUCUGUCUGUCUGGAUCUACUGAAGGAGCCCGUAGCUAUUCCCUGUGGACACAGUUACUGUAGGAGCUGUAUUGAGGGCUGCUGGGAUCAGGAUGAUCUGAAGGGGAUCUACAGCUGUCCUCAGUGCAGACAGACCUUCACUCCAAGGCCUGCUCUGAUGAAAAACACCAUAUUGACUGAAGUGGUGGAGAAACUGAAGAAGACAGGACUUCAGGCUGCUCCCCCUGAUCUGUGCUAUGCUGGACCUGGAGAUGUGGCAUGUGAUUUCUGCACUGGGAACAGAAAGCAGAAAGCCCUCAUGUCCUGUCUGGUGUGUCUGGUGUCUUCCUGCAAGACUCACCUCCAGCCUCACUAUAGUGUCCCUGCACUAAAGAAGCACAAGCUGGUCAAAGCCUCCACACAGCUACAGGAGAACAUCUGCUCCCGUCAUGACGAACUGCUGAAGAUUUACUGUCGUACCGAUCAGAAUUUUAUCUGUUAUCUGUGUAUGGUGGAUGAUCAUAAAGGCCAUGAUACAGUCUCAGCUGCAGCGGAGAGGACCGAGAAACAGAGUCAGCUGGGGAUGAGUCAGCAGAAUCUCCAGCAGAGAAUCCAGGAGAGAGAGAAGGAGCUGAAGGAGCUCCAACAGGCUGUGGAGUCUCUCAAGCACUCUGCACAGGCAGCAGUGGAGGACAGUGAUAGGAUCUUUACUGAGCUGAUCCACUCCAUUGAGAGAAGGCGCUCUGAGUUGAAGGAGUUGAUCAGAGACCAGGAGAAGGCUCAAGUGAGUCAAGCUGAUGGGCUCCUGGAGCAACUGGAGCAGGAGAUAGCUGAGCUUAGGAGGAGAAACGCUGAGCUGGAGCAGCUCUCACACACAGAGGAUCACAUCCAUUUCCUCCAGAGUUAUCAGUCUCUCUCCAGUCCCAGUGUCUCUUCAGACUUACCCAGCAUCGUUAUCGAUACUCUUCAGUACUUUGGAGAUGUGAAUAAGGCUGUUUCUGAUGUCAGAGAGAAACUAGAAGACUUCCUUAAAGGAGAAUGGACCAAGAUCUCCACCAAAGUGAAUUCAGUGGAUGUUUUACUGCCUCCAGAGCCCAAGACUAGAGAAUGUUUCUUACAACGCCUCUUACAAGUUUCUGCCAGCUCACACUGGACCCAAAUACAGCACAGAAAUCCCUCUCUCUGUCUGAGGGAAACAGAAAGAGAGAGGAGGGAACCAGCAGAGAGGAGAGGUGAGGUGGGAACCAGCAGAGAGGAGAGGAGAGGAGGGAACCGGCAGAGAGGCGGGAACCAGCAGAGAGGAGAGGAGGGAACCAGCAGAGAGAAGAUGAUGUACUUUUUGGAAGGGAGAAGAAGGGGACAAACUACCUAUGGGGACUGGCAAUCACAGAUCCGGACCACCAACCGAAGGGACUUUUUCACAGACUAAUCGUAUAGGUGGUCUUUUCUGUUAUAAUUUAAAGAUACUCUUUAUGUUCCUUGUUAUUGUAAAGAAGAAGAUUUGUGUUUUCCUUGGGAGAUCAUCCUUGAUUGUGUUGGAUUCUUUUAAGAGGAAAAAAUGAUCUCCGUAGAGAAAUUUGUUCAAUUUUAAGGAAACCUGCUCCUGAUUCGUUUAUUCCACCUUUGCGCUUUAGAGCAACCUCAAAGGACCUGGUUCGCUCACAAUAAUAAAAAAGAUUGUUUGUUCAUUUGAA